AUGAUUCAAACGCUCCACCCACUGCUCACAAGCUGUGUAAGAAAGAUGGCCAAGAAAGUAACAUGGCAAGAAGUGGGCGCGACCAAGGGCAUUGAUUUACUGUCGCCCGCGUUCGUGACAUCCGGCUCGAAGCUUGUAUUCACGUCCGGCUGCAUAGGCUCGGACCCUGUUACCGACGAACUCCCCGAAGAUCUGGAGCAGCAGGCUAGGAACGCGCUGCAGAACCUUCGCAACGUCUUGGAAGCCAGUGGCUCGAACUCCGACCGCGUUCUGAAGGUGCUGCUGUUCGUUGCAGACGGCGCGUACUCGCAGACCGUCAACAGAAUCUACCGAGAACAGUUCCCCAACAGCCCAGCAAGAAGCUGCGUGGUGGUGAGCUUCCCAAACCCCAAGAUCAAGGUCGAAUUGGAAUGCAUUGCCGAAGUGCAGCCUAAGGCCCGUUGGUUCAAACUUUAG